AAAAUAAGUGAACAUAAUCAAUUAUCGAGCGACAUACAUCGUAAUCCUUCACACACAUACCCAAUUUACGUUACACCGUUGUAAUGUGUUACUAAAAAUUUAUUUUUUGUUCCGAUAAAUUUUUCGUUUUGUUUAUUAUUGAACAUUUUAUUAAUUAACAACAAUAAUAUUUACAUUUCUAUAAGGUUAUUUUAUAAAUCCUCAUAAAGUAAAUAUUGUUUAUAAAAUAAGAUAAAAUUAUAAAAUAAAUAGAAAUGUCGUCGUCAUCAAAACAAAAUCCAAAAAAGUUCAAAUGGAAUUUAGAUUUCGCCCACAAAAACAAAUCGGAUAAGAAUGCUGAUUUACCAAACCCACCAGGUUAUAAUUCUGGUGGUGCAUUGUAUCAUAGUAUGGAAAAUUUACGUGAAAAUGAUUCAAAUCAUUUGAUUAUUAAAAAAUCAUGGGAUUUAGCUCUUGGUCCAUUGAAACAAGUACCCAUGAAUUUAUUUAUUAUGUUUAUGGCGGGUAAUUCUAUAUCAAUUUUUCCAAUUAUGAUGGUUGGAAUGCUUAUUAUUAGGCCAGUUAAAGCAUUAUUUACAGUUCAACCAACAUUCAAAGUAAUUGAAGGAACGAAUGCAUAUCCUCAAAAAUUUGUAUUUUUAUUAGGACAAUUAGUUAAUAUUGGCUUAGCACUCUACAAAUGUCAAUCAAUGGGUUUACUACCUACACACGCAUCAGAUUGGCUCGCAUUUGUCGAACCUCAAGCAAGACUAGAAUAUUCUGGUGGUGGUUUUAUCUACGCAUAAUUAAUAAAUUAUUUUCUUUAUAAAUAAUUAAUUAAAUAAAUUAGAACAAUUUAACUCAUCAUUAAUUGAAAAUGUUUUACUAUUCAAUAGUUUAUCAUUACAAAAAAUUAAAUUAUAAUAAAUCAAUUACUUUGUAUCACCUAAAUUAAUCUAUCCGGCAAGUUUAUACAAAGAAAAAAAUAAAAUAAACCAAUAAAAAAAAAAUUUGUGUAUGUA